ACCGCCGCUGGUGCCGCAGAUGGUGUUGAAGAAGGAGACGCGGCUGCCACACCUGAUGGCGGGAACAACGCCACAAACGGUACAGACGGGAGUGCCAAUGGCACAGAAGAUGCUGAUGUCCUCUCCGGUGCUGGCAACGGCACUGAACUAGCAGGAGCUUCCGACGAGGAACAAGGAGCUGGGGGUAACAACACAUCAGCCGGUGCUGGCACAUCAGAGGAGAAGUCCGUAGUUCCCACGCCACGCAGUGUGAAUCGUACCGAGCCGAGCGCGGAUAUGGUGAAGCAAAAGUACGACGAGCUUCGUAGUAUCGGGGAACUGCAUGCGGACGGCAAGGAUGACGACGGCAAACGGGAUCCGGCGGGCACGUGUUUGAGAAGAAAGCCGCCCUGUUCCAUCAGUAAUAUUGAAGAGGGGAAGUCGGACAACUGCGACCUAACCCGGAUAAAACCCUGCGGUUUUUACGAGCACAACGCGCUACAUAGGAAACUUCUCGCGGGGAAUAACGUUUGCAGCGCGAUGAAUGGCUACAUUGACCCGCACCGGGAUUACCACGAAGGUGUGGAGUACAUUGUACAGUUUGACGGGGCGCAGCUCGGGAUGCCGACGAGUCAGGAGGGGUUUGAGGCGAAUUCUUUUUACGAUGAAUCCGACGGAAAGUGCGAGCGGACGGAAUUCACGAAGUGCGAGAGCAAGUGCUACGAAAUUUUGAUGUACGCGGGCGAGUGCUGGGGAGAAGCACAACUGGUUUUGUCCGGCGGCGAGGACUAUGGAUUGCAAAAGCAGCGUAAAUAGUAGUAAUUGCAAUACAAUUUUUGCGUCAGCAUUUACAACAAAUGGAAUCUGUCAUGCUGGUUUAGCGUAGGAACGAAAGGGUGGAUCUGUGUUGCAUGACUGCAAUUACUACGAGCACGGUGCUUUUGCACUGGAUAAGGACUCGCCCGAUCAUUCUGAAGAUGCGAAGUUGGCCAGAACGUACGACUGCAUGGGUACUUGUGGCACGGCACCCGGUAUCCAAUGCAAAUAUGUCUGGGUCUGGAAGUCAUGCUGUUUUUGCAUGACGCAGAAGGUCUGUCAUGGAAGCCCUAGCAUCACAGAUUUCGAGAAUCUUUCGCAUUGCCUACUUAAUCCGCAUGACAAAUCCCGCCCCAUUUUAGUGGUAGGAAAUGGGCAUCUUUUGCUGCCUAUGCAUUAAAAAUUUGAGUGCGUAGUUGUGAAAUGCGCAUCACAGGUUCGCAUUCUUUCAGACCCAGAUGACCUAUUUACAAUGCAUACCCGGGUGUGCGGAGCACAACGGUGGGGUGGUGGGGUACGCGUCGGAUUGUCUGCGGUAUCGCGUUUGCCACUACAUGUAUCCCAUGCAAAUAUGUCUUGGUCUGGAAGAUUGGGGAACUUGUCAUGCAGGUUUUCCAUGACCCAUGAGGUCUGGCGUGCAGCGCAUAGCAUGACAGAUUCUGUGAGAUCUUUCUCAUGCCUAGCCCCCAUGAGAAACUUCCUCGCAAAUUGGUCAAAAGUGGACAAGUUUUGGCAACAAUGCAACACAGAUUUUUUCACAGUCCAGAGUCAGCAUGACAAGUUGCAACCCGGCAGACCCAGACAUAUUUGCACUGCAUAACAUGUACGAGGAAGCAAAGUUGGAAGCGCCGUUGGGCACAAAAUUGCCCGAGGAGUCCCCGGAUUGCGCAGACGAGCUCACGGACAUGGAGGAUGACGCGGCGUUGACAGCGGCAGGGCUGGAUUUCAUGAGCGGGAGCAUGGUUGCGCCGGCCUGGGAUGUGAAGAAGCCGCGUGCGAGCUGUGAUAACGGGGUGCAGCUGAAAUACAAGGAAACGCGGUUGUUGUGCAACAAGGGGAGCAUAACCGGGUUUGGCCAGCUGUAUUGCGAUGAGGUGGCGGAGGACACGGAAAAAUUCACGGCGUUAGACGAGGAAAUGGAGGCGAUGCUCGUGGCGAUGCGCCCGGUCGAAACCAUUCCGGUAUAACCCGCUCAGGUGUUACAAUCUCAAACGUUACAAUAGAAUCUGAGACCUGUCUUGCAUGAUGAGCAUGACAGAGUCGCACAGCGUUCCACUUUCUGCAAUACAAAUUUUGCCGGAUUUUUGUAGUGGGGUUUGGGGCUCCGGAACUUGUCAUGCGCAAUCCUAUGAGAGUCGGCUAGAUCGUGCACUCCUGCAUCACAGAUUUCCAUAAUUCUAGUGUAACGUUUGAGAUUGUAACGUUUGAGCGGGUCAUACCCGGCACUGGCGAAUUUUACCACGACCGCUGCGCCGGGAGAGGCGGCGGUGGAGACGGGAGCAGAGGAAGAAGGCUCGGAAGCAGGUUCUGGGGAAAAUGCCACAGAAGGUGGUGACGGAGGGGGUGGAAAUAAUGCGACGGAAGGUGGUGGGGAUGGUGGCAAUGCGACAGAAGGGGGUAGUGGUGGAAACGAAACGGAGACAGCAGAAGGCGGUGGGAGCGAAGAAGCUGCGGACAACAGUACCGAGGGGUAUUUGUUCGCGAGAAAGCGUGGCGCAGGAUCAGGAAAAAUGCGAGAUGUUGCUGCGAAAACAAGCAGAAAACCACAGCAACCCGAUGCUACAGCAGCAGCAGCUCCAGAAGAAAUACGUCGCCCUCCGCAUUUUAGUAAUCCGGAUCCGCAAGCGGGGGUCAUCCGGCUGAGAAGUACGGAGAAUAAGGCAGCUAAGGAGGUUGGCGUUGGAGUUGCACCAGCACGAGAAGCAAUCUCAUCACCUGUUGACACAGCAAAAGCAACAGCAUCUCCUUCUUCGCGUGACGAACUGAAACGGCAGAAUCCAGAAGAGGUAGAAGACGGCUUUAGCCGCGGAAAAGACCACCUCCACCAUAAGGUCAGCACUCCGCUGAAACAGCAAGAAAACGACCAUAGCUCAUCGUCAUCUCUGAACGAAAAGAAGGUGCUCGUCAAGAACGACGCAGAAGCUUCACAGCUUUCUAGGCGAAGUAGUGAGAACAAGGAAAAGAAAACGACGAGUGUUCAAACUGAUGACGAUAAAGCGGAAGAAACUGAAGCUGCAAACGCAACGAACCCAACAGCAGCAGCAGACACAGCUGCAGAAGCUUCCAACAGCACCGAAGGCGACACAGCGUCUGUCGACAGCAACGCAACCGCAGAGGCUGCCGCUUCAAGUGCUGCGACUGCAUCCUUUGACCUUCAACAGAACGUAACUGCGACUGCGUCCUUUGACCUCGACGGCGGGGGUGCACCUUCGAAUGACACAGCAGCAGCCGGCGCAGCUUUCGAGGAAAAUAGUAAUGCUACAGCCGCUAUUAAUGUAUCCGCAACCUGGGGCGAGGGGGAGGACGUACACGUAGAGGUGGAAAAGCUAGCCGCAACGGAGAAGGAAAACGGAGCAAAUGAAGUGGACACAGCAGAUAAAAAAACGUCGAAAAAAGAUGACAAAGAAGCUGCUGCGCCUGCGUCGUCUGAAAAAGAUGAAAGCGAGGGUAGCGAAAUAAAACCGAAGAAAAAGAAAUCAGAAGCAGAAGACGAUAAAGAGAAAACAGCAGCAGGCUCUGAAGGAGAUAGCGCUUCUGCAGAUGAAAAGAAAUCUUCUUCUGCUGACGAGGUCCCCAAACUCGAUACGUCCCAAGAUCCAGUUCUGCAACUUGUCGAACUUGCCAUCAACUACGCAUACGAUAAAAUCGCGGGCAUUCACCCAAUCGCAAACGCAACUUUGGACUGGCUCUCCGGGAAUGUUGACGCGGAGAACCCGCAGGAUGAGGAGUUUGGCGAGAGUCAAGUGGUGAUGCACGAGGCGGCGCUGCUUUUGCAAAAUGAGAAGAAGUCUCUUUCUACUUCUUCCAGGCGGGGGCGGAGGAGAAAUCAAAACAAAAACGAGACCAACGAAACAGCUUACGAUUCGGCGGCAAGUUAUCAAAUGCAAAAAUGUCUGGGUCUGGAAACUUGUGAUGCUGGGUGGCGUCUCAUGAUGAGGCCACAAAUGCUGGCUCAGCAUGACAAGUUUCUGAGAUUCCAGGUGUUGCCUAUUCUGCAUGACAAACUGCGUUUCUGCAUCACAGAAAAAUGGAGCUCUUGGGUAACGUGCAUAACAGAUUUAAGAGUUAUGCUAGACAAGCAUGACAAACUUGCACUCUUCCAGACCCAGACAUUUUUACAUUUGAUACAAGUAGCGAAGACGCGGCAACCCCGGAGGAAUCGGGAAACGUGGAUGGGUAUCAAAUAUAAAAAUGUCUGGGUCUGGAAGAUUGCAACUUGUUAUGCUAAAUCUGCAGCAUGCAAAAAUCUGAAUCUGUGUUGCAUGAUUACCAAAAGUCGUCCAGUUUUGACCAAGUCGGGAGCGAGUUUCUCAUGCAGGAUAGGCAUUAGAAAGGUCUCGCAGAAUCUCACAUGCUAGGUCCUGCAUUCCAGACCCCAUGGGUCAUGGAAAAGCAGCAUGACAAAUCGCGCACUCUUCCAGACCCAGACAUUUUUACUUUUGAUAACGGGACUGGGUUAGAGGAAAGUCUAGACGGGGUUUAUCGAGAAGGUGUUGAUUACUACGGAACAAACGGAUCCGGGGCACCUUUUAACGACACCAGCGGAGGAACGCCGGUGAUGCACCCGGUGGACCGACAACACGGGACUUUAAUAGGGAUCGACGGAAAAGGACCUAGUAAUGGGACUGGGCUGUUUGUUCGGGAAAAGGAAAAGCGAAAGGAAAAUGGAAAGAACGCUGGAGGAGGAGGUGGAGAAGAAGACGAUGUUCAGAAGAGGAGGGGUUAUGUCGGUGAGGCUGUAACAUAGUGAUGUCAAAGAAGCUGAAUUUUCUCAUGCCUGGUUUCUGGCUACUGAAGGAUUUUUCAACUCACAUCUAACGACCACGGGUUUUUCCUGUUUGGAGCUUCGUGAGGAUGAAGAUUUUUUUGAUCGAAACCAAAACAGUUUUACCUGAAGAUGUCUCUAAUUGUUUCAGUUUCCUAGAAAAAGACCUUUAGUUCCGAACGAAAAAUUCAUGUUUCCUUGCGGAAGUGAAGGAGAUACUUACGUACGUAAGUAUCCCUACACAUCACGGUCUGCUUCCCGACGAGAAGUUGCGAUGGCUUUCGUGCGACUUUCUGCUCCCAGUGACG